AUGAAUCACGAUGCACCAUUCCGGCGAUCGAGAAUCCCGUUGCCUCAUCCUAUAGACCCGGACUGUACAUUUGAAGAGGCGAUGCGUACAGUGAUGCGAGAGGAUAACUGGGCAACGGCUGUUCAACAAGCAGAGCCAUUCGUCCCAGUCAAACCGGACGAAAUCCUGAGGCCUGGCGUUGUUGAUCCCUUUCGCAAUCUAAACCAAGCCCUCAGUGCACUACCUUCCCCAUCCAUCGAUCUCGAUCUCUCGCUUUCUCCUUUUGAUCCCCGAAUUGUGAAGCUCGCGAGUUAUCCCCAUACGCUUACCAAGGAACUCCGUGACGCGGAAGAGUUUCGCCGCCUUUGGACCUUACUGCUUGAUGCGCCCUCCGACUUCAUCCAGGUCUGGCGCAUCUUUUUGGUAGAAGACGACCCUCGACGCAACUACAUGCUCACUCUCGCUUCUGAUCACGCGUCCAAGGUGGACCUUCGCCGGACUUGGGAAAGACUCAUUCUAGGCGGCCUAUGCGAUCUAUACCCAACACUCUUUUAUCGAGUGCACUCGCCUGCCUCUCUCUUGUCUAUUCUUAUUAUCGGACGCGGCGUUCUGGAAUGGGCCUCUUGGGACCCGAUGACAACGCAGCGGGCGGCGACUACAACAAAGUUCUUGCAGCAACUGAACGAGUUUUGGAAGAUCAUGUGGGUCAACAUACCCCUUUUCAGAGACGAUACUCCUUUCGACAAGAAAGCCCACCGUUUGAAAUGUGAACCAUUAAGUCUUCGGGAUGCAUUGCAGAACAUGAUCGCUGCCUAUCUGUCCAUUACAGAGACCGAGGGGCUGCGAGGGAACUGGGUACCGGAGCAAGACUCUUGCAAGACUUUGUGCCGAAUCCUGUUCUUCUUGUGGCAUAGCCCUCCCGGCAGCGAAACCACAAUCAUUCACAAGCACUUCGUCUUCAACAUGCUAAAUACGCUAUUUGAUCCGAGCUGCCCGUUCACUUGCCUCGCCCCGAAUGACCGUAACGACUUCAUGGACGAGGAAGUCGUCGCCGGCUUCGGGGCUAAUCGUUUUCUUUGCCGUGUUGCCACCAACCUGGACAAUCCGCCUACAGUGUUCAAAUAUGACUCUUACGUGGGGAACACACUCAUGUCCAUCAUCAACGACGUAGGAUGCAUAAUCGAGCGACCGGCAUUCAGACCUCAUCUAGCGUCAUCGGGCAUACUCCGAGCAAUCCGUGACUUCGCAGAUGUUCCUCGCAAGCAUGGGCUUGUGACGAGUGCGGAUGAUUUGUGGGGACUCUUUGACAAUGUCCUGCGUGUGCUCGAUCUGGUACUGCGCAGCGCAGCGAUCUCCCAGGCCGCUAAGCCUCUCCUUCGCGAUUGCGACGUCUUCGGUCUUCUUGCGGAGGCGUCAGUCCACUUCGCAAACGCUCCCUCAACAGAACCCGGUCACUCGUCGAUCACGCACGUCUUGAGCUUCUAUGUGUUGAUCGCGGGUGGUGUACAGGCGCAAUCAGGGCGAGAGCAGUUGCAUGAGUUGCUGCUACAAUCUAUACGACCUGUGUGGUAUCGCACCAUUCACCAUCUCGGGCGCAUUCAGAGACGGGACACGUCGAUCGCGAAGAAGUGUCUGAAGCUCAUUUCUGUCUGGAUGAAGUUGGGAGAUAUACUUGCCCUUGAGGAGGAUGCAGAGAAGAAAGAGUACGAACGCUCGAUGAAAAGAGAGGCACAAAUGUGCGCCUGGGCCGCAUGUCAGUAUCACAAGAUGCCAUCUGGCAGUCCAACGCGUGCGUGUGCGGGUUGCGGCGAAGCGCGCUAUUGUAGUCGCCCGUGUCAACAAAGUGAUUGGAAGGAAGGGGGCCACAAGAAGCGGUGUAAGCGAAUCAAGCCCGAAGCCCAUACGUCUCGCAAGGGAAGGCAAACGGUGUAA